AUUUGAAUAUAAUUUACAGAUGGAGCUCACGGAUGUUGUUCAUGGAACUAUAAUUAUUCCAAAGCAUAUUCUUAAUAUCAUUCAAACUCCACAUUUUCAAAGGCUUAAAAAAAUUAAACAACUUGGUGUAACGUACAAAACUUUGCCACAAGCAAAUAGUAAUCGUCAUGAUCAUUGUAUUGGGACAUAUUAUUUAGCUGAUAAAACAUUAGAUGCACUUGAAAAGAAUACCAAAGAUCUUAAAAUACCUGAUUUUUAUAGAAAAGUUGUUACAAUAGCUGCUCUAUUACACGAUAUAGGCCAUGGUCCAUUUUCUCAUACGUGGGAAUUCAUUUGCUGUGGACAGUAUCAUCAUGAAGUGAACGCUAGUACCUGUAUAGAUGAAAUUUUCAAAGUUUGUCUCUUAGAUUGGGACGUGGAUAGACCUUAUGCCAUAGAACUUAUCAAAGCAUUUAUCGUAGGCGAUCGCAAUUGUCUUCGAGAUGAAAAUUAUCUUUUUCUAUUUGAUAUUGUGAAUAACAAAAUAUGCGAAGUAGAUGUGGAUAAAUGGGACUAUUUGCAACGUGAUUAUCUUUUAAAAAAUGAUAUAAAAACACCUGAAGUUAAUCUGGAUGUCGAAGAUGUUUUUUUAAAGGCUCGUGCAAGUAACGAUAGAGCUCGUAUUGAAUAUCGUUAUUGUGAUUAUCGUAAAAUAUAUAAUAUUUUUGAAGCCAGAUCUCUCUUUCAUAUACACAUCUAUCAGAGACCAAUCAAUACCUGCAUGGAAAAUAUUUUAAAAUAUGUUAUAACAAAAUGUGAGAAUGAUUUGGAACGAAUAAAUGGAUUUAAAUUAAAAGAAAUUCGAAGUCAACAUGUUGAUGCUUUUCUUAAAUUACAUGACGAUGAAGUAUGGAGAAUUCUACAAGCACUUAAAAAGACAGGAGAUAUUCUUCAACUUUACAAUUGUUUAGAAAAUCCAAGUCUCUCUGAAAUAUAUCCUCAAUCUGAUGAUGAGAAGCUUUCAAUCGCAGAUUAUAUGAGAGCUGAAAUUCGAAUAGCAUAUGCUGGUGAAAAAUUACAAAGCGAUAAUAUUCCAUUUUACGGAAAUGCAGAAGAAAAACCUUCAUUCGAACAAAAGAAAGGAUUCUACCAAAGUGUUUCUUAUUUUCAAGUAACUCCAUCCCCAACAUGAAUUCCAUAAAUAUUUGAAUGAUUAAGAAAAAUGAUUUCAUUCUCAUAAAAAAAUCACUGUGAAGCCUCAAAAAGAGAUAUUAUGUAAUUACAUACAAAGAUUUAGUUUUAUCCAUGUCAUAUAUAGAUAUUUUUCUUUCGAAUAUUCAAAUUUUUGUUGUUAAUAAUUUUCUAAUGUAGUUUUAUGUAAUGAAUUUUUAAUAAUAUUAAUAUUUUAAUUUAAUCUGUUCACUUAAAAUAAUUUAUUGGUGUUUUAUUUUUUUGUA